GUACCGAAUGAAGAGACAUCGAUAAAUAACAACAUUAUAUCAACAGGCUACAACCCGGCGACUUGGAGCUCUGAAGGAGAGGAAUACAGCUGUGCUUUCGUGUUCCAGCCACAACUUACUGAAGCAUCAAAAAGCAGACAACGAAGAGCAUAUGACUUUAACAAGCAAGAUGAAGCGGAGUUGUCAGGAACCUUACAUGAGGAUCAAAAGAUGUUGCAACCACAACUUACUGAAGCAUCAAAAAGCAGACAACGACGAGGGUGUGAUUUUAAUGAGCAAGAUGAAGCGGAGUGUUACAGAUUCCUUGACGAGGUACCGUAUGUAGGGACAUCGGUGUAUACAGGAACAAACAGUAUAUCAACAGGCUAUUACACGGCUACUGGGAGUUCAGCGUAUGGUAACACCGAAAGAGGAGAAAACAACAGUGCUUUCCAUUUCGGUGACGGUGAAAGUGAAACCCCAGGUGCAAGUGAUUGUGGAUACGCAUCGUCAGUGUACACUGCAUGUCCAGGUAGAGGAAAAACAUACUCACAACAUGUUCACUAUCCGUUUGUUCAGUCUUCGGAGAAUCGAGAUAUAGACACAUAUGGCUUCCCAUCAAGCUCACAUUACGACUCGCAUACUCUGUGCACGACUCCAACAGAACUGGACACUGGCGAUACGUAUACGUGUAUUGGAGCUGUCCAUAGGACUCAAGAUAGAAACACAUUAACACACUUUUGGAGGAAUGUACUUCGCCCUGUAAUGUGUUUGAAAUGCAUCACAUCCCAGAACAAGGAAGAAGAAUGUCCUCAGCCAAUGAUGAAUACGAGCUCGAGGAAUCAAGCUGGCCUGAGAAGAGCACGUCAGAAACAAAACCAGCAGGACGAAACCAACCACGGGUCACCCAGUGAAAUCAACACCGAUUACAUCACAUUGAAACUUGAAGAUCCCUAUGCAGUAUACAGUAUCGCCUAGACCGGCAACGAUUUAAAUUUAAGCUUUAACGGCAACUGGAAGUCAAUAUGUGUUUAAACAGUGGAUUACAUUUUUCGUUUUUGUAUUCAUUUACAAAAAUCGCACGAUACACGAUCUAAAGAUGAAUUCAUCACUUUGUGAUAUGCUGUUGUUUUAUAUAUGUGUUCUGAUAAAUAGGUUGACUAACUCCGAAAUUUGACUAAAUCUUGUACCUAGUACCCAUUUCUAUUCUCUCGUUAUUAUAAAUAAUAGCGGAAAACGUUAAAAUUGCAUUGAGUAACCUUUUCAAAAUGCCUUGUUCGCAGCGUGACGUCUUUAUUGGCGCCAAAGAUUCCGCCAUUAGAUCCCGAGUUGUUUGAAUGCAAUCACAAUUUCGUUGUAAUGGUAAUUUUAAAAUGUAAAGUUCAAAUCUAAUGGUUCUCAUUCAAUACCAUAUAUAUUUCACUUGGAUGGAUGACUAUAUCGAUAUUUCACUCGUGCAUCAUACUCGUGAAGUAUUAGUAUUCUGCCAUACUUAUGAAAUAUAAAUGAUAGUCACAGGGAGGCAAUUUAAUAUGUUCUACGUUCACACAUUGUUCGAUGAGUUUUAAGGAACUGCCUUAUCAGCGCUAACUACUAGGACUUCGGUAACCAAAUCCCGGUCGUCUGCGUGGAAAGCCAUAGUGUUAUCCACCCGGUCACAAUCACAAUAGUUCAUCUCAUCGAUUUUUUUCUGUUUAAAUAGUGUUUUGAAUAGAACGGUCUUUUUGUCGUCAUUGUGUAUUGUUUACGUUAUAGCACAAGUUUGUACCAUUAUGAAGAGAGAUGGAUAAUACAAAGUUGUGAAUAUAGAUACGUUUUUAAUUACUUUGGGAAUAACUCGUCGAUUGGAAUUAGAAAGAGGUCAUAGUUGCGAAGUUUCAUCAAUUGACUGUCUUAAAAAAUAAUGAAGUUACGUCAGAAAGGCUGCCGUUGAAAAUUAAGUUUGCAAUGAAUGUAGAAGCCGCCUCACUGGUAUAUAUAAUUCAACAUUAUUCAUCACAAAGUCUAAUGUCUAAUUUGAGUACGAACUGAUCUUCAAAACUCGAAAAAAACAAUUAAAUAAAAGGAAAAGUAAGAUACAACGUUAAGCAGCUAUAUAAUAAACAAAUAUUUCAGUAAAUGACGCCAGCGUAAACGAUUAGCUGAAUUUGAAUUACAUUUGUGACACUAUUUCAGUGAAUGUAUUCUGUAAUAUUCCGUUAACGUUUCUCUAUGUAAACAAAAGAACUGAUAUCCUGUCAACAGUCUCUAUUUUGUCUAAUUUCUUUAGAUUUCGUUUUUCAAAUAAUAGUUUUUCAGAGAAUGGUUUCCUCU